AUGGAUGAUGAGAGUCAUAGUAAUUUGCCAAAUGGAUUCAACACAGAAAACCCUGAAACUCAUUGUUUAAAAACAAUCAACAACAAUAAUCAUAAUCAUCAUCACAAUAGCAAUAAAGAACAAGAUCGUUUUCUUCCUAUAGCAAAUGUUGGUAGAAUAAUGAAAAAAGUUAUUCCUGCAAAUGGAAAAAUCUCAAAGGAUGCAAAAGAGACAGUUCAAGAAUGUGUGUCGGAGUUCAUAAGUUUUGUCACCGGGGAAGCAUCGGAUAAAUGUCAAAGAGAAAAAAGAAAGACAAUCAACGGUGAUGAUAUUAUUUGGGCUAUUACAACGUUAGGCUUUGAAGAAUAUGUGGAACCAUUAAAAUGUUACCUUCAAAAAUAUAGAGAUAUUGAAGGUGAGAAAGUUAAUGUUCCAAAACAACAAAGAUCUGAACAAAGGCUACAUCAACAUCAACAUCAACAUAACCAAGAUGAAUUAAAUAAUCAACAUUUCAACAAUAGUGUAUAUACAUCUACAAAUCUCAUGUCUCAAACUCCUUAUAUGACUACUGAUCAACCAUUUCCACUUCCUUUCUCUCCAAAUUCGAUUCAAAAACAAUUACGACAGCAAGAUCAGAUUGAUUCCAUAGGGCAUUGGUAUGAAUGA